CCGAGGCCAAGUUCAGCUCAGUUGGAUUUGAGCUGAGCACUGAGAGAGUUCGACUACGGAGCGCUGCCAGCUAAACAGUUAACAAUUGUUGGCGCUGCGCACGGUGAAAAAAGUAUAUAAGAAAAAAAUACUUAAAUAAAUAAAAUAUCAAAAAAAAAAAAAAAGACUGUGCGCUUAAAAUUCUAAUUGAAAUGUGGACGGCAUAACCAAUCAAAUAAAUGCGGUAGUAAAAUUUUUUUCAACAAAAAAAAAAUUUUAUUUAUUGGCAAUGUGCAAGUGCAUGCUAAUGUGGUUUAUUAGCCUGGCCGUGUGUGACAAAUGAAAUUCGCUAGUAGCGGCAUUUGUUUUCUAAUAAGAAACGAUCACAAAAAAUAAAAAUAAAUAUAUAUUAAGUGAAGUGUGUGUAUGUGCAUAUUUAUGGAAUAUGCGCUGAGCUCUACAGCAACAACAACAAAAGCAACAUUAGCCGCAUUUAACUUAAAAAUAACAACAAUCACAGCCUGACCAUGGAGCUAAGCAAUUUUUCCAACAAGAAAAUGUCACGCGAGGAGCGACGGUAUUCAGUGCCUCAUGGUCCAAAUACUCCAUUGCCACCAGCGGCAUCCGAAGAUCUUCAUGCCUGGUCCAUUUAUAGACAAAAUCUAAACUCUGACUUCACCGAUUCGGCGCUGGGCUCCUCAGACAAAUCACCGCUGCCAUAUGGAAAUUUCCAGCUACGCGACACAACAGUUCAAUCAAUCUUAAAUCAUCCGCGCUACGGACCCAAAUCCCCACUGGGCUCGAAUAUGUACACAUAUCUAAAGUUCGGACUGCCGCGCGUCUUUCCGCCCAAUGCCGGCUCACAGCGGACACAUCGGCCGGGUCCAGGACCUGGACCAGGUGCUGGAGGCUCCUCAGCGCUCGGCGGCGUGCGCGGGCGUGUGAAUCGGGGCUUUAGGGACAGCUCGGGUGCGCCGGCGGGUGCGGGAUCAAGUGGAUACGACAGCAGCGACAAUGAGACGACGCGCAGUCGAGUGCCGCCGAAUCUGCGAAAGUAUCGCAGUGAGUCGGAUUUCCGUGCCAUCACCGGCAUGGGCAUGGCCAUGGCCCAUUCCCGGCCAGAGUCGCGGGCGCAGGGGGGCGUGCCGUCGGCGGCGCUGCGACAGGCGAACAGUCGGGCGAGCAUCGCCGUGGGACAGCACCAUCAUCAUCUCCAGCAACAGCAGCAGCAGCAGCAACAACAACAAUACAUGACCAAUGGAAAGCAUUAUGGACAUCGAUCGCAUAGCGAGGCGGAUCUGCUGGGAGCUGGCAUGGUGGGAGAUGGAGGAUUGGGCUAUGACUAUGGGGAAUCUCGCAUAUAUGGCAGCACGCGACAUGUCCAGCAAUCUUAUGGACGCAAGCAAUCGAGCAUGGGAUUGAUCUAUCCGAAUAUUCAAGUCCACUGCCUGGACGUGAGUCCAUCCUUGCAUGGCGUUUCCCUGCAGGCGAAGGCGGGAGAUCUGUUCGCCAUCAUGGCAACGUCACAGCGCGAGGGCAGCGCCCUGGCUGAGUGUCUGGCGGGUCUGCGGGAGCGACUGGGCGGCGAGAUACUCAUCAAUGGUCAGCAGGUGAAUCGUCGUGGUUUGCGGGAGCUGUGCAGCUAUGUGCCUGCGUUGGAGGUAUCCUCUCUGGAUCCCAGGAUGAGCGUGCAGUGCACCUUGAAUUUCCAUGCCGCAUUGCGUGGUCCCUUGGAUCGCAGUGAUCUUAAGGAGCGCAUGGAUGUCUUAAUCGAGGAUCUGGGCUUGAAUACGGUGCGUGCUUCGAAUGUCUCCACACUGACGCACUCGGAGAAACAACGUCUGAGCGUCGCGUGCCAAUUGUUGGCGCAGUCAUCGCUCCUCAUCCUGGAUCAGGUCACCAGCAAUAUGGACAUCUUCGAUACGUUCUUUCUGGUCGAGUAUCUGAGACAAUGGUGCAGUGGUGGACGCAUUGUCAUCAUGACUCUGCAGCCGCCCACCUUUGAGAUACUCUCCAUGUGCUCCGGCGUACUGUUGCUCUCCGGCGGACGCACCGUCUUCUCCGGCAGUCGGGCCGAUCUGCCACGCCACAUGGGCGAUCUGGGUUAUCCUUGUCCGCCAUUCAAGAACCCAGCAGACUAUUAUCUUGAUCUGGUCACCUUGGACGAUCUGUCGGCAGCUGCAAUGCUGGAGUCUUCUGCUCGCAUUGAAUCUCUGGCCAAUGCCUGGGAUCAAUUCAAUUCGGAGCCGCCGCUCGCUGCGCCGCCCGCCUCGUUGCCCAACUUUACCCUGAAAGCGGGUUUCUUUGGCCAGGCCAAGGCGCUGAUCAAACGCUUUGCCGGUUACAAGCAACCAGGAUCAUUGCUUACCUGGAUCAGCAAAUUAAUUGCCGCUGCUGUGCUGUCCUUGUGUAUUGGCUGCAUCUUCUGGGAUGUGCCUGCUUCGGAUCCACAGCUCUCUUACAACGAUCGCUUUGGCUAUCAUCAUUGCGUCAUGGUGUUGGCCUAUUGGCCUCUGGUCAUGCUGACCAUUCGGGAUACCCAGGAGGAUCGCCGUCAUGCCGAGCGAGACAUACGACUUGGUCUCUACUCGCGCAGUCUGUACAUUAUUGUGCAGAGCUUAUUGGGCCUCUUUCCGAGCCUGUGCAUCUGGCUGGCGUAUCUGCUGCCGGCUCACAGCAUGGCGGGUCUUUACACCUACUCGAAUAGCAGCGACACGGGCAUUUACUUGUACAUGGGUCACAUGCUGCUCUAUCUGACUGUUAUCCAAACCUUGGCCCUGUUCUGCGCCCAUCUCCUGCCCUGCAAGGCAUCGGCCAGCCUUGUGAAUGGUCUGAUCAGCCUGGCAUUGGCCACAGUCGGCGGUUAUCUGGUGCAUCCACGUCAUCUGUCCAAGUUCUGGUCUUGGCUGCAGUUGGUCUCCCCACAACGUUGGUUGCUGCCCGUUCUGGUGCAGGAUGAAUACAGUGCCGAAACCUUGGCCAAUUCAGCGGGUUUGCAGCUGUGUCGCAAUAAACAGGUGCAACAUCAGGAGAUCAUUGUGCAACAGCCGUGUCCGCCACCAAAUGGCUCCCAAGUGCUGUCCGACUUCCAAUUGCUGCCGACACAACAUGUGCUCGAUCCGUCGGCCAGUUAUGAUCAGACCACAUCUGUGGCCUUGGUCCUGGCCUCCGUGGUGCUCUUCUGUCUGACCUUCAUCAUCUUUGUGUGCAAUUGCCGCGGCGCAUGUCGCAAGCGACGCAGCCGACGCUAUUAGACAACAACAUUAUGUUGCAACAUCUUCCAACAUUGUACAUUAGUUAGCAACUAAAUCCUUCUUAAUAAAUAUUAGAAAUUAAUCGAGGCAGCGAAUCGUUUAACUAACUUAAAAAAA